AUGCCACGUGACUCUAAGUACUUUUCUAGCAGUAAGAAAGGAGAGGUAGCUGAGUGGCGCCAAGAUUUGAAGACAAGUGAUAAGGUGCUAUUGAAGACUACUGUGAAGCGAAUCAUAGCCGCCAUGACUGUUGGCAAAGAUGUGUGCCCCUUAUUUCUGGAUGUGAUUAACUGCAUGCAGACGGAGGACAUCGAGCUGAAGAAGCUAAUAUACUUGUACGCGAUAAACUACGCUCGGUCCAAUCCGGAUAUUGCCAUCCUUGCCGUUAACACUUUCGUAAAGGAUAGUCAAGAUCCUAAUCCUUUCAUACGGGCGCUUGCUGUGCGAACGAUGGGAUGUAUACGUGUAGACAAGAUUGUGGAAUACUUGUGCGAUCCGCUCAAUCUAGCGUUGAGAGACCCAGAUCCAUAUGUUAGAAAGACCGCAGCAAUAUGCGUCGCAAAGUUACACAGCAUAAACAGUGAGCUCGUUGUUGAUAGGGGAUUUUUGCAGCAGUUGAAGUACCUAUCUGUGGAUGAAAAUCCCAUGGUUGUGGCCAACUCCAUAUCUGCUCUGGUCGAAAUUCAGAACGGGGAAUCCAGCGAAAUAAUCGACUCACAGUGCCUUUCCGCAGUGAUUGCGUCGCUCGAUGUCUGCACUGAAUGGGGCCAAGUUGCUAUUCUGAAUUGUUUGGCCGCCUAUAAGUGCGUAGACGGGUCUGAAGCCAAAAAAGUAAUUGAAUGUGCACUGCCAAAGCUACAGCAUGCCAAUUAUGCAGUAGUCCUCGCGUGCAUACGGCUAAUCAUCAAUCAUCUACAAGUUGAGCGAUCGGAUGAACUUCUAAAGCGGAUCGUUCCACCGAUGGUGACAAUGUUGAAUGCGGAGGCUGAGAUCCAGUAUGUGGCACUUUCGAGUAUUGAAGACAUCAUGAACCAAUUUCCUUCAAUUUUUCAUGAAACUUACAAGGCUUUUUUUUGCAAGUAUGACGAUCCAGCAUACGUUAAGUACAAAAAGCUUGAUAUUUUGGUCAAAGUCACGAAUGAAGGGAAUGUCGCUGAUAUCUUAGUCGAGCUAAGGGAGUACUCUGGUGAAGUCGAUAUAGAGUUUUCCCGCAAAGCAAUCCGCUCAAUCGGCGCGUGUGCUCUUUCAGUGCCCGCAUUUUCUCAGACUUGCGUGGACGCCCUCUUAAUCAUAAUUGAUACCAGAGUGAACUAUGCGGUGCAGGAGUCCAUAGUUGUGUUGAAAGAUAUAUUUCGAUGCUAUCCAGGCAAAUACGAGAGUGUAGUUACGCCCUUGUGUCGAUCACUUGAAUGCCUGGACGACCCAGAUGCGAAAAGCUCACUGAUAUACAUUCUUGGCGAGUAUGCAGGACGCAUAGAUAGUACACUCGACCUUUUGCAAACAUUUGUUGACACCAUACAAGAUGAACCUACAUCUGUGCAACUUCAGCUGUUAACUUCAACGGUAAAAUUCUUCCUGAAAUGUCCAAGUCAGCAGGCGAAAACUCUUGUGCAGAAAAUUUUGAAGUUCGCCACAACUGAUAGUGAACAUCCGGACCUCCGCGAUCGCGCUUACGUUUACUGGCGGCUGCUGAGUCAUGACACGGACACAGCUGCAAACGUGGUGACUGCUAAUAUACCAUUGCCAAGCUGA